GGUCGUUUCAUUGUGUGACUUGGCUCGCAGACACCGUCGUCGUCGUCGUCGUCGUCGGCGCUGGAUUGAUGGAAGGUCACGACGUCCAUCAUGGCAGUGCUGUGGAGGCCAAACCGGACAGCGUAUUGUCGCCCAAGCAGCAGGAGCAGCACCAGUAUGGCGGCGAUGGAUCGUCGAUUGCGGACGGCGCGGCAGGAACUAGUAGCGACGGUGCGGCAGCGGCGUUCACGUGCAAAACCAAGGGCUGUGCGACGUCCGUAGCCGCACCAGACACGGCGUGCAGUCUCCAUGGCGCACGUCCGCGUCGGACCCGGCCUGCAUCCUCCCGAAUCAGCCAUGCCACAUCCCCUCCGCCACCACAAGCACCAACCACGAGAAAGUCGGCGAGCAGCAGGUCCAAGGCGCCGCUGCCCCAGACUCUAGACGCGCUCCCGACCGCCACGAUUGAGCUGACCGGCGACGCGUCGGCGCAAAAGUGCUCGUAUCAUGACUGCCCCAACCGCGCCAAGGUGAGCCAGUCGUACGGCAUCUUUUGCAACCGUCAUGCGGUGGUGUUUCCAUGUGGAUUCCCUGGCUGCCGCGAUAAAGCGCCAACGAAUGGCACGCGUUGCCCCAAACAUCAAGAGCACGGCACGACCAUGCUGGACGAAGCGCUGGCCGUGCGCUCCCAGAGCAUUCCCGUCUGCCGCACCAAGGGAUGUUUCAAGAACGACCAAGGGCGAGGGUUCUGCCGCGGCCACGAAAAGCUCAUGAUGGCGACGGGGCAGCUCCCCCACGCCAUCAACAAGCGCCGACUCAACAGCGCGUACACCAUGUGCUGCUACCCGAACUGCGGCAAGCAUUCGCAACGCAACCACUUGUGCCGGAUCCAUGGCAACGACCUCAUCAAGCAAGCUCAACAUCUCGUCGACACCAAACAGACCACGCAAUCGUUUGAGGAUACACUCGCGUCGCUGCAGCGCGAGCUCCGACGAUGUACCCACCCGGACUGCGACAAGAAUGCUCAGCGAGACCGCCUCUGCACGACGCAUUACCAUCUCCGUGGCCAGGCCGAGAAGGGCCUGGAUGCAAAACAACUCACGUCGAUGGCGCUCACGGACGCAUCGAUGUCCAAGGAAAAGGUACUCAAGUUUUGCUCCGAGGCGCAGUGCACGCAGCCCGUCUACUGCAACUGGUUGUGCCAGCCGCACUACGAGCAGCGCGAGAAAAAAUCGGGACACAAGCAGCAACUCGCCAAGCAACCCGCCGCCGCGAGCCAGCACAUCGAGUCCGCUGCCAAGUCCAGCAGAGUAAAGACGGACUACCUCACCGCGUCUGCGUCCACGACGGGCAUGGUGGACCUGUUGGACCAUCAUCAUGCAUCGUCGUCGGUGCAGCAGCGCGACCACCACUUGUACGCGGAUGCGCUCAGCUUGCACGACGAGUAUGGCAAGAAGCUGCAUGAGCAGCCCCACCACCACCACCACCACCACGCUCCAUCCGACCAACGACAUCCGAGCAACCCCACGUCGUACUGGGACCCGCACCUGUCUUCCCCCGCCUUUCCGUCGACAUCGCGCCACCAGCUCCAUCCGUCCAACCCGCUCGCGACGUCUGGACUGACCCGGUACGGCUACCUCGAGUACAACGACGCGCCAUCGACCGUGUUUUUUCAAGACGCGGCUGGGUUCCCUCCGUCCCGCACGACUUGUGCCAACCCGACCUGUUCACGGCAAGUUCUCGGCAAGGGGUUGUGCGAAAUGUGUCUCGGGGUGCCGCCGCACGUCCAUUUUCCGUUUGCGUCGUCGUCGUCCGCAACGUCGGCGUUUGAUGUCAAGCCACCGCCUUCGUCGACUUCGUCGUCGGAUCAUUUUGCGUGGACGCCGUCCACCGGGUCGUUUCACUUCAACGACACGACCAAGCCGCCCCACGGAUCGACACAUCACUUUGCCAGCACGCCGUCGUCUUCGCGCACGUGCAACUUUGAUGAGUGCCAGACCGUGUCCAAGGCGCCGCUCUGCCUCGUGCACGCGAACGCAACGUUGUGCGUCGCCCCCCUCUGCGAAGAGAUGGUGUCCGUGCCAGGCUUUUGCACGGACCAUGCCCUCGACAAUUCGUGCGCGGUCCCGGGCUGCCACAUGGCAGUCCUCGGCUCGAACCCCACAACCUGCGUCCAUCAUGUAGCCGCCACCCGCUGCUCCCACAGCCAGUGCUACAAGUACGCGACCAAGACAAGCAAUGACGUGCAUUGCACGGUCCACGACGUCGGCAUGAUGGGCGUCAUCGACCACUGCAAGCUGUGCGAAAUGUACGACAUGGCGUGCCCGUUGGUCGGGUCGACCACAGCCACCAAUUCUUCCUCCCGCCCCAACACAUCGACGCUGGCCAAAGAAAACACGCCGCACAACUCGGCGGCCGCGCCGCACUUUACGACUCUCAGUGGCCACAAGCUGUCGUUGUAGCGAGUUUAACACAGUCGACAUGUUCACCCUCGAUAGCUCCA